AUGUCUGGCAACAUGCGCGUCGCAAUAGCAGGCACUUCUGGUCUAGCGCUUCUGAUAGCACAAGAGAUCAACAACUCGACGAGCCACCAGCUGAUCAUUCUCUCGCGAACCCAUCAAACGAGCCUGAUCGCUUCUGGUUACAACUGUCAAGUCGUUGAUUACAACAGCCCCACAUCCCUGCAGCAUGCAUUGAUGGGUGUCGAUACUGUCAUCUCGACUGUACUGGGCAAUCCCCAACUCCGUCUAAUAGAAGCGGCCGUACAGUGCCGGGUUCGUCGCUUUGCACCUGCGGAAUUUGAAGGUCAGCCAAUCCAGCGAGGCCAAAACGCGCUGCUCGAUCGUGGCCGCAACUCUGCGUUGGCCUUACUGCACCACUACCGCGCCAACAUACAGUAUACGGUCUUUGUUUGUGGCAUACUUUAUGAGCGCUUCUCGGUGAACGGGAUGAUGUCUCAUCGUCUUGGGACUCAUAGCGGCUAUGGCAACGAGGGAGACUUCAUCGCCGACCCACGGCAGAUGACUUCGAUGGCACCGAUUUACGACGCAAACCAAAACCUCUCCUGUAUCUGCCUGACAUCCGCAUACGAUGUGGCACAGUUCGUGGUUCGUGCCCUCGACAUGCCAACUUGGCCUUCCGAGAUGAGCAUGUGUGGUGAGCGUAUGACCGUCCAUGCCUUGGUCGAGGCUAUCAAGGCGUGCCGUACCCCCGCCAAUCUCGAGUACCAAAUGACGAUGGCUCAACUGGGAGGAGACACAGCCGGACAGAGGCGGCUCGCACCGCUCCUCGCGACAGCGGAGGGGCGCUAUGAUUUUGCGGUACCCGCCUACCUCAACUCAGUCUACCCAGACGUGCAGGUCACUCGUUUCCAAGACUGGUUCCUGCGCAACUGGGCCUCGAUACCGUGA